CGCUCCUCGCGCUGACCUGGCCGUUGCCUGGAGGAAAGCGGCGGCGGCGCAGGCAUGGCCUGUCGAUCCCCGUUCGCUCGAACCCUUCUGCUGAGGCGGGAAGGGAGGCAAGUCUGAGGCGCCUUUUCCCUUCCUGUCCCUAAACCUAGUGGCUCCCUUGUCUUUCCCAGCUGCCGAGCAGAUGGCGCAUGUCUUUCCUUGUGUUUUCCUAUGAGAGGGAGAGAAAGGAAAAGGCCUCUUCUGGGGUAGUGUCUGCUGCCUACAUCUUUUGGAGGACUCUGUGGCCUUUUGAGGUGGCACUACAGAUGAAGGAAAAAGAGACAGUAAUGUGGGCUGUGCCCUGACCAAGUGGAGGACAAAUGAGACAGUCCAGAAAGAUGACAUUCUGGUACCUGGAUGUGUUCAUUGUGCAGAUGAAACAGAACUGGCACAAUCUGCUCUCACAGGCCAAUGCUGGCUACGAUUAUGGCUGCACCGAUUUGUAACUCUCCAGGAUAUUUUGCUACCUGAGAGUGAAGAAGAAGAAGGCCUCCCCUUCCAUUUUAUGUACAUUAGCUGACUGGACUGGCAAUUGAAUCUUUCUCCAGUCUUGAUGAUGGGACAGCAUCAUUCACUACAACAGACUGAUGUAAAGGGCACAGGGCAGCUUGCUGCCACCUAACAACAUCUGCACCCUGAGACAACCACCUGAGUUUGCAUUCAUGCACUGUUUGUUGUCCUCUUUGGAAAGUGAAGUUGCCUAAGAACUUUGUGGCUCGUCUUUCGUAGUUUGCAUUUCUGAAAUAGUUGAAAAACUACUCAGGUAACCCUACCAUCUCACUAUUUGCUUGUACAGUACUAGAAUUCAUCUUGUGGAAAAUACAUCCCAAGGCACCUACUGAAUCACAGCAGGAAUAAAAGUUUUAACAUUACUUAGCUCAGUACAGUAGUCUUCUCCAUUGGGGGCCAGCCUGGUGUGCUGGUUUAAGUGUUGGACUAGGACACUGGGAGAUCAGAUUUUAAAUCUCAGCCCAGUUAUGGAAACCCUAUGGAUGACCUUAGGGGUUUCUGGUAUAUUACUGCCAUUAUGACGCUCCCUUCUCCAGAUCCAGAAUACGUUCUGCGAGGAGCAAAUGAUGCAGUUAACACCCUGUGCUUUUCUUGUUCAGAUCCAGAACAUCCCCUUCUUUUCUCUGGCUCUUCUAAUGGACUGAUCCAUCUCUGGAAUCUGAAGACACACAGAGUGGACAGAACACUAGAGGGACACAGUAAAAAAUCAGUUCACUGGGUGAAAACUUUACCCAACAGAAGAAAUGCACUUCUUAGCCAGGGCCGUGACCAAAAAAUCUGCCUGUGGGAAUUAGCUGAAGGAAGAGACACUGUUGUGGACUCUAUUUCUACGGAGAAUGUUGGAUUCUGCAAAUGUUCACUCCUGGAGGUGGCAGAGAAACGGUGGCUACUGGCCACACCAUGGAAAGGCCUAGAAGAGGUUCGGGUAUUGGAGCUGCCAUCCAAGACUUCAGUCUAUACCUUGAAGCCAGAGGCAGGUGCCAAACUGGGCAUGCCCAUGUGUCUGAAGAUGUGGCAGCCCAGCCUUGGUUCCUCUCCUUUCCUUCUGGCCGGCUACGAGGAUGGAUCAGUGGUUCUGUGGAAUUUGUCAAUGGGGAAAAUGCUGAGUCGACUGGCAUGUCAUCAGGAGCCAAUCAUGGGCCUUGACUUUGACUCGGAAAAGGCCAAGGGGGCCUCUGGCUCGUCUGAGAAGAUGCUUUGCGUCUGGAGGCACAGUGAGCAGCAGAACCUGGAGCUCCAGCAAGUGUACCAUCUCACCAAUCCUGGGAUCGCCGAGGUGACCCUCCGCCAGGACCAGAAGAUUUUGGCAACGGCUGGCUGGGAUCAUCGAAUCAGGCUCUUUGGCUGGAAGAAGCUGAAGCCUUUAGCCAUCCUGGACUACCACACGGCAGCCGUCCAUUGUGUGGCCUUCUCCGACCACAGCCAGCCCAGUGAGAGACUGAUGGCAGCUGGUUCCAAAGACCAUCGGAUCAGUGUUUGGUCAAUAUAUAAUCAAACAUGAAUGGGGCUGACCAGAGUUUGCAAUUUAAAGCAGAAACCCAAGUGAGGCCAUGAAGAGAGGGAAGCAUUGGCUCUCAUGUAGGUGCUUGUGACAUCUUGAUAUUUGUGAAUUGGACAGCAAGUAUUAGCAAGUCUAACUCUAAAGUUCAGUACCAGUGCUAAGUUUCAGAAGCCUUCAGUCUCUGUCUGCCUUCCUUCUCUGGUCCCUGCUUGCCUACCUUCUCUUCUCUGCCACUCAAAGGGAAAUGUGGCCACCUGGGCUGUUUUUGUGGCUCCCAGGCCCAAAAUGCACUCUAGGGGUUGUGGGGGUAUUGUUGCCAAAUUUCCCUACUACUUGGGCAAUUUUAAGGCCAGGAAAGGCCUUUUAAAAAAACCAAAGGAAGUGAACAGAGAGUGAUUUCUAGGCCUCUCUUGGGGGUGUUUAGGGGGGCACUUUUUAUGGGUGUCGCUGCCCUCCAAGGUCUCCUAAUGCUGCCCUUUAGCUUCCUACAAAUGUGCAGUCACUCCACAUUCAUUGCUUUCACCCAGGUCCUGUGUCCACAUCCCCAAUGAAUGUGGAGGGACUGCUGCAUUUCCAGGGGGCUGGAGGAGCUACUGUUGGAAGGAGGGCUGGGAGGUCUCCUUCCACCAAGCCCACUUAGACAUGCCCAGCUCUGAAUCUACCCCCCACCCACCCACCCACUCUACAAAUGCAAAACAUCCUUUUGCAACACUUAACCCUGCUGGGGAAAGAGCGUUUUCUUUUUUCUUCUGUGUUCCUCCUUAGCUGUCUUCUUAGGACUGUCUUUAAUUUGUUCACACUCCUGUCAGGUUUGAGACUUAAAUCAGCAGCCAAGAAUGUGGUAGGGGAUGGCCUCUGGCGUUUGUGAAUUUUGCUGUCUCUUGUCACCUUGAGCUUUGCAAUUAAUCAGGAGAAAGGGUGGCUGGGUGGGAAAAGAAGCUUUUGCUAGGGCUACAGGCACUGCUUGCAAAAGCCCUGUUUUGAGAGCCACUCUUAGAAAGCCUGACCACUGUGGGUUAGAACUCAGCGAUCCAAUUACUCCUUUCCCCUUGGAGACUUCAGAGUUCAUGGUGUGCGUGUGUGGGGUGUGAACUGGGCAAGCUGGGGACAUUGUUUUCUUCAGCAUCCCUGGCAACAAGAAGAAAAGAUUCUUGUCCAAAUUGCAGCAGUAAAACAACGGCUUUUUGUUUUUGUUGUUUGCUCAGUUAAAGCAAAAUUAAAUUUUGCAUACAUUUGUAUGCUCUCCAAAGCUCAAGAUCCAUCCCAUGGUGUGUUUGUGGCAGGGGACAAACAGCAAAAGGGCACAUUUUGAGAUGACAAUGUAAUACACACUCAAAAACAGCAUUCAUUCUCAGAAGGAAACGUCUGAUUUUUUUGAGGGAGAGUGGCUUUUCUUUUUGUCUCUUAUUACAGGAUACAGUCUCAAGGUAAUAAUAAAGAAGUAUACCCAUAA